AUCCCUUUCCCCUUGUGUCCGCCAUAUUGGACUCUAACUCUGGUCAGCGGCGGCGCCAGGCCGGUGGAGUCGCCGUUCCUCCCGCCCAGCGGCCUCCUCCGCAGCUCCCGCCCGCCCCAGCCCUCCCCGCCUGGGAGGCGACCCCGCGCCGCGCUCCCCGCCCCCGCCCCAGCCGGCCGGAGCGCCCGCCGCCGCCGCCUCAGCCUCCCCACCCUCCGCCGCCGCCCGCGGCCCGGCGCCCGCUGCGCGCCCCUCUCCUGUCCGCCCUCCCGCCAUGAGUCCGGCCGACGCCAAGCGCGGGGCCAAGCGCCGGAAGAACAAGCGAGGCGGCGGCGGCUCGGGCGGGGGUAACGGCGGCGCGAGCAGCGGCAAGGCCGGCCCGGCGGCGGCGCUGCGCGGCUCCCAGGCCGCGGCCCUGGCGGCCCCGGGCGGCGCGGCGGGCCUGCUGGGCGGCGCGGCGGCGGCCAACGGGCCCCUCGGCGUGGGCGCGGGCGGCGCCGCCCCCGGAGGCUACUUCGAGACUCCUUUUAGUUUUGGCAUGAAUCAUAGGACACCACCCUACCCUGCUGGGGAUUACUGUCUUCUGUGCAGAAGUGAACGGAAAGAUUCUUCGUUCUUAGAGAGUGGAAUUAAGACUGCGAGCAAACUGGCCCUUUCCAUGGCUCCCAAGAGCAACAGCGUGCUACACCUGCCGCUGUGGGUGUGCCCAGACUGCCGCAGGACUGUGGAGAAGGAGGAGAGGCACGGUGGCCUCGACCAGCCAGUGGGCCAAGAUUUUCUUCUUCACUCCCCGCUUGGUAGCUCCCAGCCAGAGGCCAGCAGUGGCGGGAGGCUAGCUCUGGGCACACAGACGCUGCCCUCGGACACGGCAUGCUCGUGCGAGGCCUGCAGUGAGCGCAGAGAAAUUUCGGCAGAGUCAGACCGGGAACCUCAGCAGCUGCAGAACUACUGGUCAGAAGUGCGUUACAUGGUUCGCUGCAUAUACCGCCAGGCAGGGACCCCACUGGCAGACGACCAGGACCAGUCUCUGGUCCCUGACAAGGAGGGAGUGAAGGAGCUCGUGGAUAGGCUCUGUGAGAGGGACCCCUACCAGCUGUACCAGCGACUGGAGCAGCAAGCCCGAGAGUAUGUGCUGGAGAUGAAGGUCCGCCUGCUCCGACAGCUGUCAGCUGCGGCAAAGGUGAAGGCACCGUCUGGCCUGCAGGGCCCACCACAGGCGCACCAGUUCAUCUCCCUCCUGCUCGAGGAAUAUGGUGCCCUCUGCCAGGCGGCACGCUCCAUCAGCACCUUCCUUGGCACUCUGGAAAAUGAGCACUUGAAAAAGUUCCAGGUGACUUGGGAAUUGCAUAAUAAACACCUGUUUGAAAAUCUGGUCUUUUCGGAGCCACUUCUCCAGAGCAACUUGCCAGCACUGGUAUCUCAGAUCAGGCUAGGAACUACCACGCACGACACCUGCAAUGAGGACACUUACAGCACCUUGUUGCAGAGGUACCAGCGCUCUGAAGAAGAGCUACACAAAGUCGCCGAGGAGUGGCUGGAGUGCCAGAAGAGGAUCGAUGCCUAUGUGGAUGAGCAGAUGACAAUGAAAACCAAACAGCGCAUGUUAACAGAAGACUGGGAACUUUUUAAACAAAGAAGAUUCAUCGAAGAGCAGUUAACUAAUAAAAAAGCAGUGACUGGUGAGAACAACUUUACGGACACCAUGAGGCACAUGUUGUCGUCCCGGCUGAGCAUGCCUGACUGCCCCAACUGCAACUACAGGAGAAGGUGUGCUUGUGAUGACUGCAGCCUCUCACACAUCCUUACUUGUGGUAUCAUGGAUCCACCUGUCACUGAUGACGUCCACAUUCACCAGCUCCCACUCCAGGUGGACUCUGCUCCUGACUACCUCCCCGAGAUGCGCCCACCGAGCGUGUCGUCAGCAAGCUCAGGGUCCGGCUCCAGCUCCCCCAUCACGGUUCAACAACACCCCAGGCUCAUCCGCACAGACAGUGGCUCUGCACCAGCUUUUUGCAGUGAUGAUGAGGACGUGGCACCACUGUCAGCUAAAUUUGCUGACAUUUACCCAUUGAGUAGCUAUGAUGAUGCUGAGGUGGCGGCCAGCAUGAAUGGAAUCCACAGCGAGUCCCACAGCGGUGGGGGAAGCAUGGCCCUAAAAGAAGAGUCUCCUCAGGUGAGCAGCACCAGUAGUAGUUCUUCGGAAGCUGAGGAUGAAGACGCAGACGGUGAGAGUAGCGGGGAGCCCCCAGGUGCCCCGGGUGAAGACGGGGACCCAGGGAACAGGAGCCCCCGGGGUGAGGGGAGUAAGGCGGACAGUCCACCCCCAUCUCACCCAACACAGCAGGCUGAACAAGCUCCAAACACUUGUGAGUGUCAUGUUUGUAAACAAGAAGCUUCUGGACUGACACCAUCUGCAAUGACAGCUGGAGCCCUUCCACCUGGCCAUCAGUUCAUGACCCCAGAGAAACCUACACACCCCGCACUGCAUCUUUACCCCCACAUCCAUGGACACGUGCCUUUGCACACUGUCCCACACCUGCCACGCCCCCUUAUCCACCCGACCUUGUACGCAGCACCUCCCUUCACACACAGUAAGGCUUUACCGCCAGCACCUGUUCAGAAUCACACAAAUAAGCAUCAGGUAUUCAAUGCAUCUCUUCAAGACCAUAUUUAUCCGAGCUGUUUUGGGAAUACUCCAGAGUGGAAUAGUUCUAAAUUUAUAAGUCUUUGGGGAUCAGAAGUGAUGAAUGAUAAGAACUGGAAUCCUGGCACUUUCUUGCCAGAUACAAUUUCUGGGAGUGAUAUAUUAGGGCCAACACUCUCAGAAACAAGACCUGAAGCCCUUCCACCUCCGUCUAGCAGUGAAACACCUGCAGUUUCGGAUAAAGAGAAAAAAAAUGCUGCAAAAAAGAAGUGUCUGUACAAUUUUCAAGAUGCUUUUAUGGAAGCAAACAAAGUUGUCAUGGCCACUUCAUCAGCCAUGUCCUCCGUGUCCUGCACAGCUACCACAGUGCAGUCGAGCAACAGCCAGUUCAAAGUGUCGUCCAAGAGACCUCCUUCAAUAGGCGAUGUCUUUCAUGGCAUCAACAAGGAGGAUCACAGACACUCGGCACCGACAGCCCCAAGGAACAGCCCCACGGGCCUGGCCCCGCUCCCAGCACUCUCUCCUGCUGCACUCUCACCUGCCUCCACCCCUCACCUUGCAAAUCUUACAGCCCCAUCAUUCCCCAAAGCUGCAACCACAGCUCCCGGGUUUGUGGACACACGCAAAAGCUUCUGUCCUGCUCCCCUGCCCCCCACCACAGACGGCUCCAUUAGUGCCCCUCCGAGCGUCUGCAGUGACCCUGACUGUGAAGGACACCGCUGCGAGAAUGGCGUCUAUGACCCACAGCAGGACGACGGGGAUGAGAGUGGGGACGAGGACAGCUGCUCUGAGCACAGCUCCAGCACCUCGACCUCCACCACCCAGAAGGAGGGCAAGUACUGUGACUGCUGCUACUGCGAGUUCUUCGGGCAUGGUGGGCCUCCAGCUGCACCAACAAGUAGGAAUUAUGCAGAAAUGAGAGAGAAGCUUCGUUUACGGCUGACCAAGAGGAAAGAAGAGCAGCCUAAAAAAAUGGAUCAGAUCUCGGAAAGGGAAAGUGUCGUUGACCACCGAAGGGUAGAGGAUUUGUUACAGUUUAUAAACAGCUCAGAGACCAAACCAGUAAGCAGCACUCGAGCAGCCAAGCGAGCAAGACAUAAGCAGAGAAAGCUGGAAGAGAAAGCUCGCCUAGAAGCCGAGGCCAGGGCCCGGGAGCAUCUACACCUCCAGGAGGAGCAGAGGCGUCAGGAGGAGGAGGAGGAAGAAGAGGAGGAGGAGGAACAUUUCAAGGAGGAAUUUCACCGACUUCAGGAGCUUCAGAAGCUAAGAGCUGUAAAAAAGAAGAAGAAGGAGAGGCCAAGUAAAGACUGCCCCAAGUUGGACAUGCUUCCUAGAAAUUUCCAGGCAGCAACAGAAUCUGUCCCUAACUCUGAGAACACGCACAAUGGCUCACUGGAGCAAACUGAAGGACCAGAAACCACCUCUUGCUCCCCUUCACAUGUGAUUCACGUGAAUCACACAGAGCCCAGGCCAGGGCCAGGAGCCGACAGGGACACUGCAGACCCCAUCAAUAACAGAGACUCCAAACCUCUCCUCCCCAAAGAGGUCAGUGGGAAGCAGCAUGAGCCACUCUCUUUUUUCUUGGACAUAAUGCAUCAUCAUAAAGAGGGAAACGGCAAACAGAAGUUAAAGCAGACCAGUAAGGCCAGCAGUGAGCCAGCACGGAAGCCCGUGGAGCCCCCCAAAGCCACAGAGGGGCAGCCCAAACCCCGGGCCCAGACUGAGUCAAAGGCUAAAGUGGUUGACCUCACUUCCCUCACAGAGCAGAAAAGAGAGGAGAGAAAAGUGAGCAGUAAUAACAAUAACAAAAAGCAGCUGAACCAUGUCAAGGAGGAAAGGUCAAACCCAGUCCCUGCUGAGCCCGCCUCUCCCAGCGAGCUUCAGCAGAACAACAAGCUGCUACUGGCAGAUUCUCCUCAGCCAAAAGGCAGGAACAAGAAAAAUAAGAAGAAGAAAGGAGACAGAGUCAGCAAUUCGAUUGAUGAUGUCUUUCUGCCUAAAGAUAUUGACCUAGACAGUGUGGAUAUGGAUGAGACAGAGAGGGAAGUGGAAUAUUUCAAAAGGUUCUGCUUGGAUUCUGCUAGACAGACCCGACAAAGACUGUCCAUCAACUGGUCCAAUUUUAGCUUGAAAAAAGCCACCUUUGCUGCCCACUGAACGAGGCCUGCCUGGAGAGGGACAUGCGGGAGGCGGGCUAGGCUGCGCCACCCCGAGAGCCGAGCCCAUUGCUGGCCCCCCAGAGCCAGAGCUCGCCCAGGGCUGUUGGGGGCGGGCCCCACCGCCUGAGACCCCAGACCAAGAACUUGCUGCUCGGCCCACGCUGUUAGCUCGUGUGCGUGUAGUCUGUGCGUGAGACCCCUUUGAUUGUAGCUCUGUGCUGUCGGAUUGGAACAGUAGUUCGCGCCAAGUCCUCCCACCACUGCGGCCUCGGAGGCCUGGGCUGUGGCCAGAUACGAGUUUGUAUCAUCCUUGUGGCUCCGUCGCCUCUGCAUCGCGCCCUGUCCUGUCAUCUGUCCCCACUGGGUGUUGGCCAUCACUCAACUCUCGUGUGCCCCUGCGUCCACCCAAGGCGGGCUGGGCAGGGCAGGCUUCCUUCGUUCUCUUCCACAAUCUGCUGUUCAGAGUGUACACGUUGCGCUGUCUGUGUUUGAUCCCCCUGACUUGUAGCCAGCUUGUGUAAGAUCCCUUGCAGACAAGAAAGUUAAAAAACAAGAAACCCACCGAGUGCUCACACCAUCAAGUCCGUUAUAGAGUGUACGACUGUAUUAACACGGAGGCCUGCCUGGCUACUUUUUUAACAUAUUGUUAAGUAAUAUUAAAAUCAUUUCUUUCUUUUUGAAAGAUGGAAUACAUUAGUAUAGCAGGA